CCCGUGUCUGCAUUGAGGAAAGACAGCAAAAGAGAGAGAGAGAGAAAGACAGAAAGGCAGAGAGAGAAAGAGAGAAGGACUGAAUACACGAGCACCGCUGACCUGCCGUGAAAAGCGGUCAAGCUAUUUAGAAAACGGACGCACGUUUACUGGGUUCGCUCGUGUUUGUUUUUCCCCCCGUUUAUACACUUAAAUUUUUUUUCGAGCAUCGCUGCCGAUGUGAAGGAGAGAAGUGCUCAUGCCUUUUGUGUUGACACGCCGAGGAACCAUUUCACGAUGAGGCACGGCUGAGAAAGAGAGAGACGAGUUUGAGAGAAAGAGAGCGAGAAAAAGAGAGAGAGAGGGGGAAAAAAAUGAGGAAGCGUUUUUUAAAAGAUAUCAAAAAGACACAGGCCUCGUCGUCCGCAGGCCCCGAGCCGAGCGAGAAAAGAAGGAAAGGGGCCCGAGCCUGGUGAGCGCACAACCCGAGUAAAGAGAGCGUAAUCAUGGAGUGGACGACGGGGAAACACGGACAGUAUCCGUGCGAGUUUCACGUUCAUCCGAACAAAAUGAAGUACUUGUCUUCGUGAACAUCUCGCUUCUCUCUUUCUCUCUCUCUCUCUCUUUUUUUUCUCUCUCUCUUUUUCUCUCUCUCGCUCUCUCUUCUUUUUUUUCCCCAUUUGCAUUCAAGAUUUAAGAAAUCUGGUUUUCGCUCUUGCAGAAAGGCAACGUUGAAGUUUACCAUUCCUCCUCCUCCGCGUUCUUUUUUUUUUUUUUUAGUGAUUUUACUGUUUUGUCUUCUUCUUUUUUUAAUUUAAACUUUUGAUCCGGAUCCAGCGUUGAUAGUGUUCAAUGGAAGUAUGUUAUCAGUUGCCGGUUUUGCCUCUAGACAGGCCGGUUCCCAAGCAUGUUCUCAGCCGGAGGGGAGCCAUCAGUUUCAGCUCCAGCUCCUCUCUGUUUGGUGCCCCGGACCCAAGACAGCUGGCGCAGAGACGCGGCGCAAUCUCCUAUGACAGUUCUGAUCAAACUGCUCUUUACAUUCGUAUGCUAGGGGCUUGUGUAAUAUUCAAACAGCUGUUUUCAAGAGAUGUGAGAGUGAGGAGCCAGGUAGGCUUUGAACCUGAACGAAGAGGCUCGCACCCGUACCUGGGUGUUGAUUUCCGGACCUUGCACUCCCGUGCUGAGUCGGCAGGAUCGAUUCCAGCCCGGAGGAUCCGCAGGCUUUUCAGUUUCCAGCGGCACCUGCUGUCCUCGCGCUUUCUCCGGGGAGCACCACACCUCAACCCCCUCCACAUUCUGGACGAGGACUACUGCGGCCAAGCCAAGUGCAUGUUGGAAAAGGUUGGAAGCUGGAAUUUUGACAUUUUCCUCUUCGACAGGCUGACGAAUGGAAACAGUCUUGUCACCUUGACGUUAUAUCUGCUGAGUCAUUAUGGCUUAAUUGAGCUCUUCCAGUUAGACAUGGUUAAAGUGCAUCGCUUUUUAGUUCUGGUUCAAGAGGACUACCACAAUCAUAAUCCUUACCAUAAUUCAGUCCACGCUGCGGACGUGACCCAGGCGAUGCACUGUUACCUGAAAGAGCCCAAGCUUGCCAAAUCCCUCACUUCCUGUGAUAUACUCUUGGGCCUUCUGGCAGCGGUCACUCAUGAUCUGGACCACCCAGGGGUCAAUCAACCUUUCCUCAUCAAAACCAACCAUUACCUAGCCGCUUUGUACAGGAAUACCUCAGUUCUGGAGAACCACCACUGGAGGUCUGCAGUGGGUUUGCUCCGAGAAACCGAGCUCUUCUCUCAUCUUCCUGCAGAGGACAGUUUGAACAUGGAGAGGCAGCUGGGCUCUCUGAUUUUGGCCACAGAUAUCAGCAGGCAGAAUGAAUACCUGUCCAAGUUCAGGACACACCUUGACCAGGAGGACCUGUGUCUGGGGAACGCCUCGCAUCGUCACUUCGUCUUACAGAUGGCCCUGAAGUGUGCUGAUAUUUGUAACCCGUGUAGGCCGUGGGAGCUCAGUAAACAGUGGAGUGAAAAGGUGACAGAGGAGUUCUUCCACCAAGGAGACAUUGAGAAGAAGCACAAACUUGAAGUCAGCCCACUGUGUGACAGCGAGACUAACUCGAUAGCCGAUGUUCAGAUUGGUUUCAUGACCUAUGUGGUGGAGCCUCUGUUUGCCGAGUGGGCUCGUUUCUCAGACACGCGGCUCUCUCAGACCAUGCUGGGCCACCUGUGCCUGAACAAAGCCAGCUGGAACGCCAUGCAGCCCGAAGCGUCGGGCAGCUCUGAGGAGCUGGAGAGCGAGCAAGAGGCCAGCUCCAGAGCCUUACCUCAGGGAAGCCCGCAAUCCUGACACCCCCUCACUCACACGCUGCGGGGACAGGAACACUCCUACAGCCCCCGCCCAUCCCAGUAACUUAAGCCACAUAUGAGUUGCUCGCCUCCCAUCUUAAACUAACCACUGAUUUAUUUAAUUUAUUUAAUUUUAACCCCUUGUUUUCCCCUUGACAUAGAGCAAUACAUGGAUACCUCAUUCGGCUACUGCUGCAUUUUUUUUUUUCUUUUCUUUUUUUUUUUUUUGUCAUUGUAUUUUUAUUUAUUUAACUUUUUUUUGAGGGAGCAUUACGGAUAAGAAAACUGAACUUGGCCAUUUAGCUAGAGACUGGAAAACGUGCUAAAGAGGAAGGAUCCCCUCUUGUUGGGUUAAAAGUGCCAUUUUCAUCCCAUUUGAAUUGCUCCACAAGUGAGAUGUAAACACCAAGAGUAUUCAUGAGUUGUUUUCUUUUUUUAAUGACUGCACCCAGAGAUGGUGUGUGCGCGUUUGUGUGUGUGCACGUGAGUGUGUCUGUUUUUUUUUUCCUUUUUUGCAAAUGAAUCUUCUUCCUUGUGUACACAACUGAAAAAAAAAGACAAAUGUGAAGAGCCCAGUCAUUUUGCUGCCUCUAUAAAGACUGUUUACAGAUGUCUUUUUUUGUUGUCAUUGUUAUAAAUGAAUCAUGUUGGUUCUGUGAUUUUUUUGCCUUUAAGCACAGAUGUGAAGAACCACUUUUACAUGUUUUUGAACUGUUGUCCUACUGCUGAUGUACUGAACAAAAAAAAAACAACAAACAAACAAAAAAACACAAACAAUUGGACUGCACCUCAGUCAGUCUGACACACGCCAGAUGCCAUACGAAAUGCCAUUUUGUGCUCCGUUGUGUAUCCUCUCCCUGCACUCCAGAUUAAACAUAGAAGGUGCCACUCGGACAUGCAGCUACUGAA